AUGACGUCUGACAGAACACACAGUCAAGCAAUCCCAGUAUCACGGACGAGGACGGGCUGCAGAACCUGUCGCUCGCGCAAGAUCAAGUGCGAUGAACGACGGCCUAAGUGUCAACGAUGUACAAAAAGCAAUCUAGACUGCAGUUAUGGCUUACAGCUCAUCUGGCAUGAAGAGUCAUUGUCAAAAGGUGUUUGUCAUGGACGAGCUGGUGUUUGGUCCAAGAGUGGCCGACGCAAAGAUGAAACACACCUUAGAUCUCGGGAGUCUGAUCGACGAUGUGUAUCAGCUACGACAGGAUCCACCAAAAGUCGUGGGGUAUUUUUGAACACGACCAUGAACGACGUUAAAUUAUACUUUGAGUAUGGGGGCAUGGCAGAAGAAGACGGCCAAAACGAGAACCAAGCCUCGAUGCCGAACGAGGGUCAUCAACAUCCGGGAAAUCUCUCCCUCUCACUUCCAGUCUUGAGUACCACUACCCUCGGCCACCUCCGCACAUUUGACUACGACUCAGCUCUGUUAUCCUACUAUGAAGCUGUAGUCUGCAGUUCGAGCACGUUACUAGAUGACGCCAAGAACAAUCCAUAUCGACAUUUGAUUCUGCCCAUGGCUAUGCAAUCUGAGGGGUUGUAUCAUGCUACGUUAGCCGUUUCAGCUCAAAUAUUGCGCAUCGCUGAUCCACGAUUCCGGUUCGCUGCUCUUGACCACGGACAUAGAGCUUUGAGGUGUCUUAUUGCGAGUCUCCAGCGCGGACAGUCUACCCCUAAGUAUACAAACCACAAACAAAUGUCAAAUGUAGAAAUUGACGAAAUUCUGGGCCUCGCGUUGAUGUUGUGCUGGUUUGAGAUUACGGAUGGCUGUCGGCCGUCGUGGGUGACGCAUUUGAAGGGUAUUCAUACACUGAUUAAUCAGUAUCAAGAUGUUUUUAUCAAGAACAGCAGGACGUCGGAUGUCAGUCGGUUUUUCAGUCGAUAUUUUUCCUUUCAUUUGGUUUUGGCGCGGACAACGUUUCGGGUUGAGGACGAUAUAACGUUUACGAAAACAACUUCAUCCAAGAACACCGGAAAUACAGAAAAGACAGAUGCUAUUAUGCAAUACUACCCGUCGAUUUCGAAGCUAACCGAUUUCUUGUCGUUAGCCAUGCCGCUCGAAGACCUAGACCAGAUCGACUCGUACAUGGGAUUCAGCAACUCCCUUCUCCUCCUCAUCAACGAAGUCGCCGAUCUCGCAUGGAAAUAUCAUUCCAAGGAAUCCGUUGAAACCGAUUUACCAUUCGUGCGAGAACAGGUAUGGCGACUACGAGCAUCGCUAGAGACAUUACAGCAAACACCGCCGCCGUUGGCCAAUAAUGGUCGAGUCAAUGGGGCGUCUUUCUAUCCUUUUACGACAGGAGAAGACGAGCUCCUUGAGCGGACUGUGGCCGAGUUUCAGGCUAUUGCAGAAGCGAAUCGAAUUGGGGCAUUGCUUUUGCUACAUGAGGUGUGCGCUUCGAGGUUUCAGAGACCGGAUCUUUUUAGAAUCCCCAUGUCAACAGAAACCGAAUCAGCAGAUGGCUACCAUUCGGCAUCAACAGACUACAAAACUCGUUACGUACGCGAAAUCCUAGACCCCAUGAUCCAAAACAUCAACCACAUCAGUCGCACAGCCGCACUUCCCUUGUGGCCUCUCUUCAUUGCCGGAUGCUGCGUGACAACCGAGGAGGACCAGAUAACGGUAAUCAAGAUAUUUGAACAAACUGAAAAAUUGAAACGAUACGGUAAUAUUACCCCAGCCAGACAAGUCAUCGAAAUGAUCUGGAGGCAACGAGAUUUAGGCGUACAGGAUGAUAGGAAACGACGGCAUACCGCUGCCAUAGCUAGCGGGAUAUACGAUUCGAAUACAAUGUCUUCGCCAUUCACGACGAAAGGGAUGCAAUCGUUUGAAUGGGAACGGGCGAUGCUGAUGAUGGGCGGGUUGAAGCUGAGCUUGACUUGA